ACAUAUCAUUAGCGACUUCUCAGUUGAGCGACAACCACCUAUACUGCUUCGCACAUACUCUUCAACUUGUGUUGAAAGAUGCGGAAUCGCAUACUCCUGGUGUUGAAGAAUCAUUAGCCAAGUUUCGAAAAAUUGCCGGUCAUUUUCAUCGGUCGGAUCCAGCACGACAGAAAUUCGAAGAGGCUCAAAAGGCGCUAGAUUGUGAACCUUUGCAAUUGGUUCAAAUGGUGGUCACCAGGUGGAACUCAGAGUAUGAGAUGUUAGAAAGGAUGCAAAGACUUCAAAAACCUUUGUCUCACGUUCUUGCUGCUUCUACCGACACUGAGUCCAUAUCUGGUACCGAAUGGUCUAAAAUAAAUUGCUUGAUGAAAGUUAUGAAGCCGUUAUAUGACGCCACACAAAUAUCAUGUGGAGUUAAAUAUCCGACUUUGUCAAUGGUAAAACCAUUGUUGUUUGGGAUCACAAAUGGUCUGAAUAGUAUUGAAUUUGACUACGACGAUGCAUCGGAAAUAGGACAAGAAUUUGUAGAUAAUAUCUUGAAUGGUCUAGAUGUCAGAUUUUGUGAAGUUGAUCGUGAUAUUAUUUUUAAGAAAAGCACUUAUCUGGAUCCCCGGUACAAAAAUUAUUUUUACAAAGAAGAGGAAGUGAAAGAAAUAGAAGAUGAUAUUAAGCUCGAAAUUAUCAAAUUUUUGAUGCCAAAUGAUGAUUCUCAAGAACUUAAUGUUUUGACCAGAGAACCUAGUGGAAACCAGUAUUCGGGAUUUUGGAGUUUCAUGAAAAAACCAACAGUUAACACACGAGAAAAUAAUUUAGAGACUUUGCGUAGUGAAAUAUUACAGGAAAUGGUGGUGUAUUUAAACUGUGGUUUAAUAAAUCCUCAGCAAGAUCCACUUAUUUGGUGGCGACAAGAAAAAAAUAAAUAUCCCCGAUUAUCACUUAUGGCGAGAAGAUAUUUAGGAGUACCUUGUACUUCUGCUGAAAGUGAAAGAUUAUUUUCUACUGCUGGUGAUAUUGUAUCUGAUAAACGAACUUCAUUAUCACCAGAUUCAGUAUCUUAUUUAUUAUUUUUGAACAAAAAUUUGUAG